AUGAGCAACGGCGCUGUGCCGGCGCCGGCAAACGGUAUCAGCGCAGAUGAAAUCGCACUCUACGACCGCCAGAUCCGCCUCUGGGGGAUGAAGGCCCAAGAAAAGAUCCGCAACGCUAACAUCCUCCUCAUCACCAUGAAGGCCCUCGCCAACGAGAUUGCCAAGAACCUAGUGCUGGCCGGCAUCGGCUCUCUCACUAUCCUCGACUCGGAGCCAGUCAACCCCGCCGACCUAGGCGCCCAGUUCCUCCUCUCCGAGGAAGCCAACCCCAUCGGCACUAACCGCGCCGCUGCGGCGUCUGCCGCCCUGCAACGACUGAAUCCCCGCGUACAGAUUCACGUCGACACGGUCGACGUCCGCCUCAAGCCUCCUUCCUUCUUCGCCCCGUUCGACAUCAUCAUCGCCACCGAUCUCGACUCCCCAACCCUCAACAUCAUCAACACGGCCACCCGCCUCAACAACCGCCCCUUUUACGCCGCAGGCUGCCAUGGCCUGCACGGCUUUCUCUUCGCCGACCUCAUCGAGCAUACCUUCGCCAUCACGCGCACCAAGCCCAACAUCUUCACCCCUUCCGGCCCGGAAACCCGCACCCGCUCCAUCCUCUCCGUCACACCCAAACCUUCCUCCUCCUCAUCCUCCUCUUCUUCAGAAGCUCACGCGGAGGAACUCGUCACCAAGCGCGAGCUCUACUCAACCUGGUACCUCGCGUCGGGCGCGUCCCAGCUUCCCGCCGAGAUCCUUCGCUCCCCGCGCCGCCGCCGCGCCGUCACCCCGCUGCUCUCGUGCCUCCGCGCCCUGUGGGAGUUCGCCUCGCUCCAUGGCGGCAGCGCCCCGCAGACUGACCACCACGCCGACCUGGCCCAGUUCACGCUGCUGUGCGGUGAGCAGCACAAGGCGCUCGGCCUGCCGGCCGAGACGCUACGGAGCGAGGUGCUGCGGUCGUUCUUGCAGGGUGUUUCAGGGAAUGGUUCCGGAGGUGGGGUGGAGGUUGGGCCGGUGGCGGCUGUGCUGGGGGCCCAGCUGGCGCAGGACGUUAUCAACGUGCUUAGCCAGUCGCAACAGCCGGUGCAGAACUUUGUCAUCUUUGACGGCGAGGCUAUGGAGGCAGAGGUGUAUGCGCUGCAUCCCGAGGGGGAACUCGGGAGAGGGCUGUUGGUUACUGCUGGCCCGGUGAAAGCAGAUGAUGUGAUGGGCGGUGGCAGGGGGGCGUUGGAGAUUACUGGGGUGGCCUAA